AUGGAGGAACCAGCAGUUCGUGCUCCGCCCCCGCAACUCAAUUUCGACGAUGAUGAGGGCUUGCUGCUGCCUCCUGCUCUGCCUCGAAUGAUCCCAGCACGCGCAGCCACGCCACCUCGGCAUCGUGCUCCGCCCCCGCAACUCAAUUUCGACGAUGAUGAGGGCUUGCUGCUGCCUCCUGCUCUGCCUCGAAUGAUCCCAGCACGCGCAGCCACGCCACCUCGUCAUCGCCAACAACGCCCUCUCACUGAGCCGACCACCAACCCGACCAUUCUUCGCCUAUCACGGCCGAAAAACCAAAUCGCAGAAAAAGGUGAGGCCCUACGAAUGGCUCGAGCUCAACACGGUGCUCAAUUACUGGCAAACAAACCGAAAAAGUUCUUCGACAGCACCCGACUGAGCGACCGUGUCUACUACGAAGGGCUGAGCUGUGGCAUUUUGAAGAACAUUGGGACGCGCGUAAUAUGGGAUCGGGAGCGCGAGAAGGAGGGCAAGAAAAAAGAAUUGGAUGUGUGCGAGACGGAAAAGACUGAAGAUUGUGACCAGAAAAAACCGUCAGCCGUCACUCGCGCUGAUCAAGUGUCUCUGGUGGCAGAUACGGCAAGCACAUCGACAAUCUCGAGCCCUUCCGCCCACAGCACCAGCUCAUACGAUGUGUUGAAGGAAGUCAAGAACAAACCCAACCAGCCCACUGACAUUCAAGAGAUUCGCAAUGCCAACAUCAAAGAGCCGUCGAAUCCGAAAGAGGAUGCCACCAACUGGCCGUUCCCGUUGAAAAAUGUCGACUACUUCCAUGGCUACAUGCCGAUUGGAAUCGUUCGCCGGCAGCUGGUUGAACAAGGCCAAUUCGUCUCCUACAUCACCAACGUCAACAAGCAAGAGUGCACGGUUGUCUCGGUGUUGCACGACAAUUUGAUGUGGAACUAUCUGGUGCACACGACAAAGAAUGGAAGAUACUAUGUGAAUGAUGCAUAUGUGGCGCUGUCGGUUCCGUCGUUGGUGGAUGUGCUGAAGACGACCAAGACAAUGUUGGAGCCGGGUGGACCCGUUUUGGAGAAGCCAGUUCCUCGACCGCCUUGGAUUUGGGAUUCGACGAAAGUGAACCCAGGAAAAGUGAUUGGCAGGGGCGCUUUUGGAGAGGUUUAUGAUGGAACGUUUGGAGACAGCAAGUGCGCGAUCAAAGUGAUGGCCACUCCGGGAGCGACCGAUGGUUCUUCGACGCUUGGCACUGUUCCCUCCACCCCCGAUGGCAAUAACAACAAGAAAAAGAAAUCAAAGACGGAAAAGGGCAAGGAGAAGAAGGUCGACCCGGCCAUUGGCGACAAAAUGAUGUUCAUCAACGAGGCCGUGUUCUUGGCCACUCUGGAGCACAAAUCGGUGAUCGCGAUGUUUGGAUUGGCUUGCCUUGAGAAUCCGAUCAUGAUUGUCAUGGAACUUGCCACCGGCAGCUCUCUUCUGAAAUUCAUGCGGAAAAGUAAGGUGCCGAUUAAGCAGAAGCGGAUCUUUGUCCUCCAAAUUCUCUCCGGCAUGGCAUAUCUCGAGAAGAAUUUGCUGAUCCAUCGUGAUUUGGCGGCUCGAAACGUGUUGCUGGACGAUAAGAUGCGAUGCAAGAUCAGUGAUUUUGGCAUCUCGUGCUACACCGACGCCCCUGGCAAGGAGGUCAAAGGGAACAAGCAGUUAAAGCUGGCCAUCCGCUGGCUGUCCCCUGAAGCGAUCGAACAGGGCAUUUUCUCGACCAAAUCUGAUGUGUGGGCAUUUGGUGUGGUGGCCUAUGAAGUGUUUUCGGAUGGAGCCGUCCCCUACAAUCACGUCAAGACACUUCGCGAGGUGAAGGUGGGCAUCGUCUCGGGCAAGGUGAAGCUGCAGCCGACGCCUUGUAUGGGACAACGUGAUUCGGAGAUGAUGGCCAACUGUUUCAUCGAUGAUCGCAGCGCCCGGCCGACGUUUAACGAUUUGAAGAAGCGUUUCAAGCCAAAAUCAUGGGGAUCGCGAGUGUACGAGAUGAAGGACGCGCUGUUGAAGGGAACCAAGCCAACCACUUCGCUGAUGGAAAAGCCGGGGAAUGGACAGCAGCGGAAUGUGCCCGCCAUCUCGCAGUUCUUCGACAGCGAUCGGAACCGGAAGAAUCGGAAGAAA